UCUUGUGUGCAGCCAUGAAGUCUGCGCACUCCGAUCCCCAGAACACAAGUCAUACCAUCAUGACUUUUUACCCGACCAUGGAAGAAUUUACAGAUUUCAACAAAUAUGUUGCUUACAUGGAGUCCCAAGGCGCACACCGAGCUGGCCUUGCCAAGGUAAUUCCACCCAAGGAAUGGAAAGCCAGACAGAUGUAUGAUGAUAUCGGAGACAUCUUAAUAGCCACUCCCCUCCAGCAGGUGACCUCUGGACAGGCAGGGGUGUUUACUCAAUACCAUAAAAAGAAGAAAGCCAUGAGGGUGGCGGAGUAUCGCCACUUGGCAAACAGUAAAAAAUAUCAGACUCCACUACACCGGAAUUUUAGAGAUUUGGAGCGACAAUACUGGAAGAGCCACCCUGGUAAUUCAGCAAUUUAUGGUGCUGAUAUUAGUGGCUCCUUGUUUGAAGAAAACACUAAACGGUGGAACCUACGACACCUGGGAACAAUUCUGGACCUGCUGGAGCAGGAAUGUGGGGUUGUCAUCGAGGGUGUCAACACACCCUACCUGUACUUUGGCAUGUGGAAGACCACGUUUGCUUGGCACACGGAGGACAUGGAUCUUUACAGCAUCAACUACCUGCACCUUGGGGAGCCCAAAACAUGGUAUGCAGUGCCCCCAGAACAUGGUCAGCGCCUGGAACGCCUGGCCAGGGAGCUCUUCCCGGACACUUCUCGGGGCUGUGAGGGCUUCCUGCGGCACAAGGUGGCCCUCAUCUCGCCAACAGUUCUCAAGAAGAAUGGGAUCCCCUUCAAUCGCAUGACUCAGGAGGCUGGGGAGUUCAUGGUGACCUUUCCCUAUGGCUACCACGCUGGCUUCAACCAUGGCUUCAACUGCGCAGAGGCCAUCAAUUUUGCCACUCCACGAUGGAUUGAUUAUGGCAAAGUAGCUUCACAGUGUAGCUGUGGGGAGGCGAGGGUGACCUUUUCCAUGGGCGCCUUUGUGCGCAUCCUGCAACCAGAGAGCUAUGAGCUCUGGAAACACAGGCAAGACUUGGCCAUUGUGGAUCACACAGAGCCCAGGGUUGCAAAAAGCCAAGAGCUGAGCAACUGGAGAGAUGAUAUAGUACUUAGAAGAGCUGCUCUGGGCCUGAGGCUUCUCCCAAACCUCACAGCCCGGUGUCCCACACAGCCUGUGUCCCCAGGGCACUGUUACAACCCAAAAGGUUGUGGCACUGAUGCUGUGCCUGGAUCUGCAUUCCAAAGCUCUGCAUAUCAUACCCAGACCCAGUCACUUACCCUGGGGAUAUCAGCCCAGGUUGUUCUCCCUUCCACUGGAAGCUGGGGUUCUUGUGGUCGUGGUCAUGGUCGUGGUCGUGGUCAUGGUCAUGGUCGUGGUCGUGGUCGUGGUCGUGGUCGUGGUUGUGGUCGUGGUCGUGGUCGUUGUCCUCGAGAACUGGGGACUGAGGAGACAACUGUUCAGCCUGUAUCCAAGAGGCGCCUUUUAAUGGGUACAAGGAAUAGAGCUCAAGGCCGCAGGCCUCAGCUCCAGCUUGACAAUGAUUUGAUGACAAAUCCGUCCUUUUGAGUGGUGGCCUUCCACAUCUUGCCAAAGGUUCUGGCUGCUGCUGUGUCCCUGAUCUUCAACUCCUGAGGCCCCCACUGGAUCCUGAUGAAACCAUGCACCCUGGCCCAUGCCUGCUAUCCCUCAACAGCACUACUAGUAAUCUCCCUGAUGUUGUCUGAAUGACUCCUCCCAAUGUCAUUGUGCCUUUGAUUAAGUUUUCCAGGGACACUGGUGGGGACUGGAAAUCCCUGGUGAACAUGGGCAAGGUU